AUGGCCUACUAUGGAAAAUGCAUUGAUGUUGUGAUAGAGCAACUGGACAAGUUUAAGCCUGAGAAGGACAGUCCCGACCAGUUCCUGGAGGCUGCAUCCUCCUCUCUGCAGGGCCUGAGCCCCCUGAAGCAGGCGUUCGUGAUGGAGGUCCUGUCCGGCUGCCUUGAAUACUGGAAGUUGCUGACCAUCGUGGUAGACGCCUUCUACGUACGGGAUGGCCGACUCUGCCUCUGGGCUGACUACAGCCUCUUCCAGGUGCUGUGCUACCUGGCCACGUUCCAGCUGGAUGAGCUCGGCUUCCAGCUCUUCUGCAGCAUCAUCAAGUCCCAGCCCACACGCAAGACCUGCAAGUUCCUCAGGUUCUUUUUCAACCCCUUAAACCUAUGCUCUUGGAUCAAGGAUGAAUGGAGCCUCAUCUACGAGACCGCCCAUGUGAAGAAGAACUGGAUCAACCCCCUAAUGAGAUGGCAGCCAGAGAUCCAAGAGCUUGUUGAUCAACUGGAGGGAGUGUCAGCUAGUCAAACUGCUAUCUUCAAGACCAAGGCCAAGGUCACAGAGCCCAAGGAAUUCAACCUGACUACACCCAGGCCCCGGGCCAUUCCAGUACCUGAGCCAGUCCCCACCAUGGCCAAGCCAAGACAAGUCCCUCGGAGUACCUACCAGGAGCCCAAGGAGCAACAGCAGCUGCAGAUCAUCAAGAGGCACAACCGCCUGAAGGCCGAGGAGCUGCUGCUGAGGGCGAACGUGGAGGAACUGCGGUGCGCCAUGCCCAGGGCACACAGAGCGCCGCCUGAGCAGGUAACAGACUCCAAGAAGAAGCUGGGGUGCCCAACCCACAUCCAAAAAUCCCCAAAGCUGACCUUCUACAGGCCUGACAAUAUCCCUAUCAAGUUGAACACUGCUGCCAUCCUGCGAGAAGGGGCCUUGUACCAGAAGCAGGUGGAAAAAGAGCUGCAGAGGGUUGAUAAGCUUGUGGAUGGAGCUGGGGACUUCUCUGAAUUCCUUGAGUGGCAGAAGAAGAUGCAAGCAAAGGACCAGGAGGAGCAGCUGGCUGCAGGCGAGUGCCGGCGGCUACAGGGGAAGCUCAGCCAUGAGGAGGCCAUCCUGGCCCGGCAGAACCUCAUACAGGAAAACAAGCAGAAGGCAGACCAGAAGAAAGAGGAGACAGCUGAGCUGAUGCUGCAGUGUGCCGAGAGGAGGCUCAGAGAGGCCAAGUCCAUGAAGGAGCUGGUGGAACAAGUGACAGAGGCACAGAAGAAUGUCAAAGUGGCUCAGAUGAAGCUUGUGAAGGGCCGACAGCAGAUAGUUCAGGAGGUAAUGGAGGAGAGCCGGGAGAUGCUGCAGCGCAGUGCAGAGGCAGCCAGGGAGGAGCAGAGGCGUUGCUGUGAACUCACCUCGCAGUUGCGUGCACUGGAGACACAGCCCACACGCAAGGGCAAGCUGGUGGACCUGACCCAGAUCCCCGGGUAUGGUGUGGAGGGGGAGAUGUCUGUUGUGGAGCUGCGAGAGCGACUGGCGCUGCUCAGAGAGACCCAGAGGCGUGAGGAGGAAGAGAAGCGAGAUCAAAUCAUCCAGGACAAGCGUGCCAAGAGCCAGGAGCUACUGAACACAUUGGAGCAGAUCUCACUGUGCCGCAAGGCCAUGGGGAAAACUGCGGCCAUGAGGUGGGAGCAGAAGAAAACCCAGGCGGUGACGGGCGCGCCCUCCCAAGACGAGCGCGUGCUGGAGCUGCAGCGCAGGAUCGAGGAGAGGGUGGCGGAGCGCCGCCGGCAGGCGGCCUUGCUGCACCUGCCGGCGGCGCGGACUGAGCGUCCCCGCCCGCAGGCGCAGCUGGAAGCGCAGCACUGGCUGGAGCUGGAGAGGAGCCGCGAGCGUAGGUUGCGGGCCCUGCAGCCCGGGGAUUCGGCAAUCGCACCGGCGCGCCGCCUGGAGGCUGCCUGA